GUCUAGUUAGCCUUUGCAAUCGCAGUUAAGUUGGCUACCUGCUAGCUAACGUUAGUACUCUGACAAUAUUUCCUAUGACAGGUCUAGCCUAUCUUUUUUAAAUUGGAUUUAAUAACAACCGUUAUAACGUACUUUGGUAUUGUAUUAUAGUUCAUAUUUAGACAAUCUAUCUAGCUAGUUACCCAGUGAAGUGGGUUUAUGAAUGUUUCGCAUCGUUCGGCAUUACGGUGACGCAGUUAUUCUGACCAGCGUUGUUAAACGUUAGUUAGCACCUACAACAAUAAUUGGGAGAAACUCCUGCAUGUGUGUCGAUGCAUAUCGUUAUUUGUUGUAGUUCUGUGUACGUUAACUGGGUAACUAACGUUAGCUAACUAUUAGAGUAGUGAUCAUUGAUAUGUCUGCUGUCUGUACAUAAAAUAAUCCGGUAGAAAUGUAACUUUAGAUAACUAGACUAUCAAAGUAACUUGGAUGAAAUCUGGCCGCUAGCUCUGAUUUGACAAUAUCCAGUUAUUUCACGUUUGUUUAUCAGCUUCUAACAGAAAGGUCCACAGGUCUCGAGAAGCCAAGGGGGGUAUACCCAUCUACCCAGUGGUGUAGUGGGGGCUAUGCGCAGUAUACUCACUUUUUUUCAGUGGACAUUGCCUACAUUUUCUGAUGUGGUUUAAGCAUUGUUGUGGACUUAGAGCAUUCCAUUUUGGCUGGUCAGCUCUCCCUUCCAGUCUCUAGAGCCUUGUUACCCUUUGGAUGGUGGACCAUUUUUGAUACACACAGGAAACUGUUGAGCGUGAAAAACCCAGCAGUGGAGGCCGUUUAUAUAAACCUGUGCACCUGAAACCUACUAAAAUACCACGUUCAAAGGAUAGUACACAGUGUUCGUACUGGCUGAGGAGACAGACCUACAGACGGUAUCACAGACACUGGACAGAUUUAAUCUUAUAGAUUUGAAUGGACAAGGAGACCAGAAAUACAUAGCCCAGCUAGUUAACCCGUGUGGAAACUCUGCGAUGCCUGUGAAGAAAAAGAGGAAGUCUUCAGGGUCAGAUGACCCGGGACUCAGGAAGUGUAAAAUCACCUGUUUCUGCAGACCCCAGGCUCCAGGCCGGUUGAUCAGCCCAGAGGACCAGUUCUCCAAUAAGAAAUGUCUGGCAUGGUUCUACGAGUACACAGGUCCAGAUGAGGUGUUGGGUCCAGAGGGGAUGGAGAAGUUCUGUGAAGACAUUGGAGUGGAACCAGAAAACAUAAUCAUGUUAGUUAUAGCCUGGAAACUAGAAGCGCCAAAUAUGGGAUUUUUCACUAAGGAGGAGUGGCUUAAGGGAAUGACUCUACUACAGUGUGACUGCAUAGAGAGGUUACAGGGGAAACUGGACUACCUGCGCAAUCAUCUCAACGACACGAUCAUCUUUAAAAACAUCUACAGAUACGCCUUCGACUUUGCCAGAGAUAAGGACCAGAGGAGUCUGGACAUGGACACAGCUAAGUCCAUGCUAGCGUUGCUACUGGGGAGAACGUGGCCACUCUUCCCUGUCUUCAACCAGUUUCUGGAGCAGUCCAAGUACAAGGUGAUGAAUAAGGACCAGUGGUAUAACGUCUUAGAGUUCAGUCGUACAGUCAGCACAGACCUCAGUAACUAUGACGAGGAUGGAGCCUGGCCGGUGUUAUUGGAUGAGUUUGUGGAGUGGCAGAAAGCUCGACUGGCAGCGUUAUAGCUGAGGACACAUUCGCCAAACCGCAGGAGGAAAGCGAGAGUGUGAAAGAGAGAAGCACACAUGAAGAUGUUCUCCCUCCGUUUGAAAUAUACAGAAACGGCACACACACUAUACAGAGACGGCACGCACACACCUUCUAUGGACUGUGCACACACACCCAUACGGUGUCACGGAGCGUACAUACACUUCCAGUGACGGCCUCUGUGCUUAGUGUGCCAAACAGUGAAGUCCUUUCUCUCUCUCUCUCUCUCUCUCUGAAGAUUCUUUUUCAGUGUUAAUUUAAACAAGUUCAACAAGAAGAAAACAAACAAAAAGCUAAACAAAAGGGGGAACUAUUUUUCAUAUAUAUUGCAUCUGUGGCCACAGUUCUCUAGCCAUUGUUGUUAAGCUCAACUGGGGAAUUUUUUUGGUUUCCUUGAACAUUUUUUCCAUUCAUUUGAGUCUUACCUUGUUUAUAGUAUGUUUUCAGAACAAGAAUAAAGAAUGGAAUUCAACCAAA